UGCGCCUCCGCCGAGUCAGCAUCAACAGGCACGCGACGCGAACGCCGGUUGAGGCAGACCGGCAGGAGAAGAGAUCGGAGCAAGGCACGGCACGGCAGGGCGAGGCGACGGCGCCAUGAGCUACCAGAAGGUCCCGGAGUCCUACCCGCCGCCAGGGUACUCGCCGCCGUACCCGCCACCGGGAGGGCAGUACCCGCCUCCCCAAACUCCGCCGCAGGGACCUUACUACCCGCCGCCGCAGCAGCCCCCUCCAGGGUACCAGGGCUACUUCAGCGAGGGGCAGCAGACCUACGGCUACCCGCCACCGCACGGCGGCCACCAUCAUCAUCAUGGACAUGGUCACGACCACCACGAGGAUGACUGCUGCCUUGGCUUCCUCAAAGGAUGGUUGGCCGCUCUCUGCUGCUGCUGCAUCCUGGACGAGUGUUGUUGCUGCUGCUGCUUCUGACAUUCAUGCAUCGAAGCUAAUUGUUUAUGGCAUCCUGGAACGGCAAAGUUUUAGCUGUGUAUUUGACAUGCUAUGAUUUCUGGAAUCUGGACAAUAAUUUGUAAAUCUAAAGCUUGUUAUUAUUCGUAAAUAAGAGACUUUACUUACAUAAUUACAUGUGUUAAUAA